AUGUCUAUUAUCAAGAAAAAUAGUCCGCUUAUUCUAGAUAAACAAGGGAGUUUCAAGAGAGAUUCCUAGUUAAGACUAUCUUUAAAUAGGAAUAGCAUGCUUAUUAAUGAGACUGACGAGCAGUAUGAACAGGGCCCAGACUUGACCUUUAACAAGGACUUGUUUAAUUCAGUCAUUUCUCAAGAUUAAGGCAUUCUCUAACCAAAGCUUUAGAUUAGAAUUUCAAGUGAUUCUCAAACUAAUCAUGAUUAAGCUAACUCUACCUUUAACUAACCAAAAUCACUUUUGACUGUAAAGGAAAAAGCUAAAGAAUAGACGAUUGCGGUGAACAAACUAGGAAGAUUUCAAAAUAGGAUUAGCAUUGAAAAGCACUAGUAACAUCAGGGAAGUCUUAAUAGGAAUGAGGGAAACCAAAUGUUCUUAAUCAAGAGAAUAACUUAACAACAAUAGUAAAGUUAAAUGAAUUAAAAGUAGUAAAGUACCAAGCAAAACAAGAUGCUCAUUUAAGAUGAAAGAGCUUUCAGUUUGAUUGAACCUAUUAUUCAUGCGGAAUAGCUUGAGUAAUUUAGAUACCCAUUGACUAACACCUAAUUACAAGAAGUCAUAUUUCAAAAGAAGCACAUUGUAAAUGAGAGGAAGCAGAGAAAUCUUAAACCAAAAAAAUCAUACUUGCCGUUCUAUGAUGGUGUUAAAACUUUGAAAGAUAUUUUAUUGAAUGGGCCAAGUUACACAGGAACAAAUAAUAGAAAUUCUUUGAUUGAAAAAACUUCGGCAUCAUUAAUAGGAAGAGUAAAUAGAGAUCCAUAAAAUUGCAAAUUAAACCAAAAGCUAAAUAUCUCAUACCAGACCUAAACUGAUUUUAAUAAUGCUACAAUAGGUAAUAGAAAAUUAAGUCUCGGUGAUUAUAGGAUAAACGUUAAGCUUAAGAAAGGAUUCUCUCCUCAAUCUAAGAAUAGAACUAACAGUGUGAAAAACAAUGAAGUUAUUUCAAAUGUCUAAUCGUAUUAAGUGGAUAGUAAACUAGAAAAAUAAGUAACAAGGGAUUAAGAAGACAUGUAGGAUUUAACAAUACUUAAGCAAUACAAAGAUUAAAUUAUAUGUAGCAAAGAUGAUGAGACUUUCCAAUCUAAAGUGGUAUUUUCAAGAAACAGACAAUCAAUGAGAAAAGAGAGCAGAAGCCAAUUCAAUGAAUCGAGAACUGCUUUCAAUAAAUAAAAGCGAAGCAUAUUUAGGAAUACUUAACCAUAUUUUUCGCAUUGUUUCUAAAAGAAGUCCCCAGAGUAAAAAUUGUUUGAAUUGGAAAAAGACAAGCACAUGUCUUAAUAGUCUAUUGACUCUAACAUUAUAGUUCAUGAUCAUCUAGCAAGUUAUUCGCAUUACAUUCCAUCAAUAUCUUAUUACCAACUAAAGUCUAAUUAAAAAGAACUAUCAAAGAACGCCUCAAAUAAAUAAAGCAGAAAUGGUUAGAUUGACCUAUAGAUAUACACGUAAACUUAGACAAAUGUGUUUUUUGAAGAGAUUAUUAAUCUUGGGGAAGAGAUGGCAAUAAAUAGAAACCUUUUAAAGAGGCAGGACUCCAAAGACAGAUGGACUCAUAGAGAUUCUUUUAGCUAAAUUAAAAAUAAUAAUAGUGCAUCUAAGAUAAACAAUGAAUUCACAAGGCCUAAUUCUUCUACUUUCAUGAAAAAAAGAAGUUAGUUUUCACCUAACAAAAACUUCUAAAUAACUAUUCAAGAUAAUCCUCCUAUUCAUUCUAGAGUUACAAAUCCUUUUGGAAAUAUAUAUUAUCAUUCACCGAGAAAUGAAGAUCAAAGUACGAAUAGGACAGCUAGUCAUCCAGUUUCUGAUGUGAAAAAACAAAUGACAAAUGCUAGAUCUCCAGGUAGCACAACAACUAAAGUUAAGUAGGAUUUAAGUAAAUUUGCAACGCAGAUAUACAAGGCUGUUGAAAGCAGAGAUAAUGAUAAAAAGCUUAAGAAAUUUGAUUAAUAUCAUAGAAUUGAUUAGCUAGUAAAGCAAGCUAAAAUUAGUAAUGUUGAAGGCUGGUGA